AUCAGACCUCUUACCUGGGGAAUCAGAGAAACAUGGUUGUGCUACGGGCGAGGGAUUUCUGUUUCUGACCGAGAAACCUGUCCAGGAACGAGGAAUGGACAGAACCGGACGCAGGCGGAUGAGUCUGCACGACCUCCGACGGAAGGAUCCCGUCCGAGUGUCCGCUGGAAGCCUGUGGCAGGACCCCCUGGCCAUCGAACUGAGCAGCGCGAAUAAAACCAUUAUCUCGCCGCGGAGUCGGACGAGGGCUCUGGUGGUAGUCUACGUCGUCGUUGAAGAUGCGUCUUUGCCUCAGACAGAAGAGAACUUGUCACUGAAAUGUCUGAAAGAGGCAUGCGCGGAUGCGCACGCCGUGUUCAAAACCAUUCCUUUCGAAAGGAUCUCACUCGGGACGACGGAUGUUUUGGACAGCUUUUAUAACGCAGAUGUUGCCGUGGUGGAAAUGAGCGACUCCUUCUGUCAGCCAUCCCUGUUCUACCACCUCGGCGUGAGGGAAAGUUUCAGCAUGACCAACAACGUCAUACUUUACUGCAACAAACAGGAGAACGACCUGCAAGCGCUGAAGGAGCAGUGUGGGAGCUACACCUUCAUCCCGUACGUGGUGUCCCCCCAGGGGAGGGUUUUCGCCUGCGAUGCAGGGCUGGCAACCGGCAUUAAGGAGCUCCUGCGCCCCAGCUUCAAGCUGGAGCCCCUGCUCACCCCGCUGGUGGAGCGCCUGGUCCGGCUGCUGGAGAACGUUCACGUUCAUUCCAGCGAGUAUUUCCGGGAGUCAAUCCGGCACGAGAUCCGCACUGCGAGGGAGAGGUUCACAGGGAAGGACCUGAGCCGGGAGCUGGGCCGGAUCCAGAACCGCCUGGACACGGUGGAGCUGCUCAGUCCGGACAUCGUCAUGAAUCUGCUGCUGUCCUACAGGGACAUCCAGGACUAUGAUGCCAUCAUUAAACUGGUGGAGACCCUGACGAACCUGCCCACAUGUAUGGUGGCUACCCAGCAGAAUAUCAAGUUUCACUUCAUAUUUGCAUUGAACAGGAGGAAUCUCCCGGGCGACCGCGCGAAGGCCCUGUCCAUCAUCCUGCCCAUCGUGGAGUCGGGUGGGAGGGUGGCGUCGGAUGUGUACUGCCUCUGCGGGCGCAUCUACAAGGACAUGUUCCUCACCUCUGGCUUUACGGACUGCUGCAGCCGGGAUCAGGCCUGCUACUGGUACGGCAAGGCUUUUGAGAGCGAGCCAACCUUGCACUCUGGAAUCAACAACGUCGUUCUCCUGAUGGCAGCAGGCCACGAGUUCGACACCUCUAUCGAGCUGCGGAAAAUCGGGGUGACGCUGAGCAGCCUUCUGGGCAGGAAAGGGACCCUGGAGAAGAUGCAGGACUACUGGGAUGUGGGCUUCUACCUGGGGGCCAGCAUUCUGGCCAACGAGCACAAGAAAGUGAUCGAGGCGUCGGAGAAGCUCUACAAGAUGAAAGCUCCCCUCUGGUUUGUGGGAUCGAUCAUGGAGACAUACAUCUUGUACCGGCAGUUCUCCAAGCCGCCUGAGGUGAAGUCUCCCAAGCAGGAGACGGUGGACUUCUGGAUGGAGCUGAUGCUGCAGGCCUGCAAGCCCACAGUGUCCACAGCGCGGUGUCCUGUUCUGAUCCUGGAGCCCAGCAAGGUGUUCCAGCCGUCGGUGGUGAGUGUGAGCGAGGAGGACGAGAGCAGGGCGGUGCAGCUGAAGCACAUCACCCCGCAGCAGAAAGGCCUGCACCAGUGGACCUUCCCUGUGUCGGCGAUCCGCGGAGUGAGCGUGUCCAAGUUUGAUGAGCGCAGCUGCUUCCUGUAUGUCCUCUACAACUCGGACGACUUCCAGCUGUACUUUCCCAGCGAGCUGCACUGCAAAGGGUUCUGUGAGCUGGUGAAUUCUCUGGUCCAGCAGAAGGAAGUCUCUGUGACAGACUCGGCCUCUCUCUGUGGCGGGGUGCUGGAGUACAUGUACGAGACCAACGAGAGCGGAGACAGGGUGGUUCUGGGAAAGGGGACGUACGGAGUGGUGUACGCUGGGAGGGACCUGAGCAACCAAGUGCGCAUCGCCAUCAAGGAAAUCCCGGAAAAAGACAGCUCGUACUCCCAGCCUCUGCACGAGGAGAUCGCCCUGCACAAGAGGCUGCAGCACAGGAACAUUGUGCAGUACCUGGGCUCCGUCAGCCAGGACGGCUUCAUCAAGAUCUUCAUGGAGGAGGUCCCUGGAGGUAGCUUGUCCUCUCUCUUGAGGUCCAAAUGGGGACCCCUGAAGGACAAUGAGGCCACCAUCAUCUUCUACACCAAGCAGAUCCUCGAGGGGCUCAAAUACCUCCACGAGAACCAGAUAGUUCACAGAGACAUCAAGGGUGACAAUGUACUGAUAAACACGUACAGCGGGGUGUUAAAGAUCUCAGACUUCGGCACCUCCAAGCGACUGGCGGGCAUCAACCCCUGCACAGAGACCUUCACAGGGACCCUGCAGUACAUGGCCCCAGAGAUCAUUGACCAGGGCCCUCGGGGUUAUGGGAAGCCGGCGGAUAUUUGGUCGCUGGGCUGCACCAUUAUUGAGAUGGCCACAGGGAAGCCCCCUUUCCAUGAGCUGGGCAGUCCUCAGGCAGCCAUGUUUAAGGUGGGGAUGUUCAAGAUCCACCCGAAGGUCCCGGAGUGCAUGUCGGAGGAAGCGAAAGGCUUCAUCAUGAGCUGCUUUGAGCCCAACCCAGACAACAGAGCCACAGCCUCCGAGCUGCUGAAGGACGGCUUUCUGAGAUCCAGCGCCCGCAGGAAGGCCAAGCCGACCCCCGACGUGCCGCAGAAAGAGUAUGCCAUUUCAGGAGAGUACCAUCGCAGCAUGUCCAUGCCGAUAGCCGUGCGGGUGGAGGACACCAGCGAGACGGAGAAGAUGGACCUGUCCAGCUCACUGGACCUCCGGAGAGCCAUGCCUUCCGUGAGGAUGAGUGACAUCGCUGAGAGCCCGCCCACCAGCAGCUUCCUGUUGGUGCCGGAGGAGACGGCCCUGGACGUGAGCCCCACCUCGACGGGGGAGAAUCUGGGUCUCUUCCUGCUCAGGAAGGACAGUGAGAGGAGGGCCACGCUGCACAGAGUCCUCACCGACUACAUCAACACCGUGGUGGCCAACGUCCAGGAGACCCUGCCCCAGCAGCCGCAGGGGCCGUCCCUCACCACAGAGCACAUCGUGGAGCUGAUUGGCUGCUUGCGUGAGAACAUUCGCUCUCCAGACAGGAAGAACCUGACCAACUGCCUCCUCAAGCUCCGCUCCAGCCUGCUCUCAGCUGCAGUGCCCCUCAACAGCCUGCAGGCGGUGCUGUUCAGCUUCCAAGAUGCAGUGAAGAAGGUGCUGAGGCAGCAGCAGGUGAAGCCACACUGGAUGUUUGCCCUGGAUAACCUGCUGAGGCAGGCGGUGCAGGACGCCAUCACUGUCCUCCUACCAGAGCUCCAGCUCCAGUUGCAGUCCUCCUUCGAUGAGCCCGAGGUGGCAGCAGAGCCGACGCCCAUAGCAGAGGAUUCUGGGACGGUGGAUUCCCCCGACGAGCAGGAGGAACAGGAACAGGAAGUGGCCCCCGCGGCCCCUCAGGAGGGGGUGACGUCGGGGGCCAGCACCUUCAGCUCUGGCGUUGGGAGCGACUUCAGGAACGACGGCUGCCCCCUCACCCAGGAACUGCUAAAUAUGCGGCAAGAAACCAGAAGACUACUGACCCAGCUGCGUGAGAAAGAGGAGGAGUUGCAGGAGCUUCUGAGGGAGUCUGUGCUGAGGAAACAGGAAGAAAUCAAUGAUUUCAGAGGCAAGAGAACGUCGGCACCUAUAGAUAUUCCCUCCUCUGGCCUCCGCCAACAGGACAGGAUUGAUCCGGAGAGUGCAGCAGUGGUCCGCUGGUUAGAGGCCAUUCCAGUGGAUGAGGACACCAUAGUGAAAUUGCUCUCGCACAAGUUCACCCUUCAGAGCCUGCUCUGUGUCGCCUCCAGAGACGACCUGAAGUACUGCGGCAUCAGGGGGGGCAUGCUGUGUCGCGUCUGGGCGGCCAUCACGUCUGAGAGGACGUCCCGGGUCAGGACACAGGGACCUCACGGUGGCGCGGGCGAAGACACAGCCCUCUGACCUGCCACCUGAGAAAGCCGCACACCAGUACGACAAGCUCGAAGCCAGCAGAACAGCCGGAGCUACGGUCUCCCAGUCACUGCGAAACGCGUCUGACAUCAGCCACAGAGACCUGCAACGGCCACACUGUGCUCUGUGAAAGGGCUACAGAAGAACAAAGAGGUUUAAUAGGAGGGUAGAAAUCCAAGUGUGUUUUAUUCCUAAAGACUGUUGCUUUAAACUGAUGGGGGAUUUUUCAAGAUCGGGAAUUCCUUUCCAAUGAAAAGUUUCAGUUUAUUUAUUUAUAUUUUUAUUUACUUUGUAUGUAAAGUUCUGAAUCACACUACAGGUAUGGAGCAUUCACAGCAGACUGCUUUCUGCAGUGUUGGGAACACAGGGGACUCAAAUACGUGUCAUUAUCACAGGAUGUAAAUAUAUUCCCAUUUCAGUUACUGUUGUACAGCAGGGCUUUGUGGGGCAGGGCUGUCUGUGGAGGUGUAGCAAGUGUGAUUUAUGCGUUUUCCAGAGCAGCUCUUUAUGAAAUUCAGAACUGCAGAGCAGUAGUGUUCAGUUAAGUGUAUAUUGCAUGUAUACCUGCUAAAGCGUAUCAGAACAGACUUUGGGAAAAGCUUUUUUUCAGCUGUUUUGACUGUAUAAUGUACUGUGCCC